AUGGAUGCAACAAUUGAAUGGUUCGGUCUCACCACCUUUCGCAUCAAGACCAACGGUCUCGUCAUCUUCUUAGACACAUGGCUAGACCGCCCAGAUGUCAUGCCCAAAGCGUUGGCUAUCGACGAUGUGACCGAGGCUGAUUACAUUUUCAUUUCCCACGCACAUUUUGACCACCUCCCCGGCGCUGACAAGAUAGCAAUCAAAACUGGGGCGCACGUUAUCGCCAACGGUGAAGCCAUCAACAUCCUUCGGUCAGCUGGAGUGCCCGAGGACCAGUUGAUUCCGGUAGCUGGUGGCGAGCGUAUUCCUCUUUUCACUACAGAGUGUCGUCAAGCCGCGGCUCGUGGAGAAGUCGACGUCGCUCAUGGGCCACCAGGAGCACCUGCUCGUCCAGACAAUAAGUUGGCGGCGGCUUCCGUUCAAGUGUGGCCUUCACUGCACUGCCUGUUGCCAGGUAGCUCACCUGCUGACUUGCCAGAGAUCAUGGAUACAGGCAAGGAGUACAUUGGGGGAGCAAGCCAGUAUGCCUGCUCACUUGAUAUCACAUUCAUGAUGAAACAUGGCCUUCUCAAGAUUGGCGACCACAUGCCGCGUGAAGAUAUGGACGAGGGAAUGCGCUCUUUCGCAGAAUGGAUCAGUGGCCCAGCAAGUAAAUGCAUGUCUCCCUUUGACGGAGGGCAGCUGAUGUACAAUUUUCUGUUCGGAGAGGGCAAAACUCUGAUGUGGAAUGGGCAUCUGGGUGCGUAUGAUGGAAUACUCAAGACAGUGCAGCCACAGCCAGACGUACUCAUCCAGGCGAUUGCUGGGCGGGGGAACUUGAACGGGAGACCGUUUGAUGGAUCGGCAGCACAGUUUGCGGUGAAGCUGUCGAAACUGCUGGGCGAGCCGAAGAAGAUGAUUUGGUGCAUGCAUGAUGACAUGCCAAUCCCGCCUCGAAGCUUGAAUUCAGGACCAGCUACGCAGGCGAUUGAGAACGAGACAAGCUCUAGGGUGACUGUACCAAGCCUGGGUAUAGUAGACAAGCUCUUCUAG